AUGCACAAGAUCUCCAAUUUUACGGGCCAGGCCCGUCAUGGCUGGGAGCGGAUGACGCCUACCUUUGGCAUGUCUAGACCUCAUACUGACAUGACCUCCCACACUCUUCGGCGGCCGCAUGGCGCUCCUCCCAUGACUCCUCCCACCGGAAUUGAUCCCACGGUCAACCUGUCUUUCAAUGUCCCAUUCUCCUCUACCCUCGCCGGCCCCGAUAUCGAUGAUGUGAUUCAUGCGAGUCCCGGCGCCCUUCAGCGCUGGUCUUUUCCUGAAGGCACCCCGGAAGGAACCCCGGUCUACAACCUACCCGUCCACGCCAACAACGUCGAAUCUCUUCGCAGAUUAUGCCGUCAGAUUACGGAGUCCAGUAACGGUCGCGUUGAAGCGGCGGUUACAUCUUCAGAACCCAAGUCGGUUCCCUCAUUGCAGAGACGACCUCAAGGCUUGGUGACCAACGUCUGCAUCACGGGUGACGGAGAGACUGUGCGCAAGAUGCGGGCAAAAAUUCUCAAUGAGACACCCAUCCUACUGCGCUGCGCGACCGUCGAUGUGGACAUACAUCUCAUUAUGGAUGGAUCGACCAAGGGCGUUCGAUCGAGUGUUCUGGAACACCUGGAUACCUUGGCUGCCUACACGGGCACCGACAUCUUCCUACUGAGCCCCAAGUUUCGUGAUUCGGACAGUUCGGUGGUUUCAUCCUAUGGAUACGCUUCGGACAAUGGGCUGGAUCAUCGGUUCCGGGUUUCCAUCUACGGUGACAUGGAGAGUGCUGAGCAUGCCAAGACCAGAGUUUUGAUCAUGAUUGACCAAAUUCUGAAACGUCAUGUGGAUGCCAUGAGAUUGGAGUUGACCAUGCAUACUUUGGUCUGCGGUCGGACGCGCAAGAACAUCAAGCUCAUCGAAGCGGCUACCGGCACGGCAAUUUACUUCCCCCCACCCUUCCCACGGAUUUUCGGCUACACCCCUCCAGGCGCCCAUCGCCGCAGUGAAGAUGAGGUGUACAUUACGGGUGAUACCCAGGAACAGAUUGCUCGUGCCAAACAGAAGUUGCGGGAGUUGGUGAUGGGAGUCAAGAUCUACGUCAAGGAUGUCAUCGUCAAUUCCAACAAGAUUGACAACAUUCUGCUUGACCGCCUCGACAAGGUCCGGAAGGUGAUGGAAAUGAACGGCUCCUAUGUUCUCUUCCCGCAACUCGGCAGCCAACGGGGCCUUGUGCGUAUCCAGGGCACCGAGGUUCUGCACGUUGAGCGCACUGUGCGGGAAAUAAUGGCUCUGGCCGGUCAAUUCUACAGUGCUUCAUGGUGGAUCAUCAUGCCUGACCCUUCCCAAGGCGGCUUCCGCGCUCCUUCUGCUGCGGACAUCCGCACAAUGUUGUCUGACAUCUGCACCAAUUCGGGCGCCGAAGUCAGCUUUGACAAUCUCACUUUUACCAUUAAUGGGUCGGACGACGCGGUGAAAUCCGCAAUGAUGGUUGUCAAUCAAAUUCCAUUUGUGAAGCGAAGCCAGUACCAAAUGCGCGUCAAGAUCGAGCUUGCAAAUGAGCACAAGGAGUUUGUCAGUGGAAAGAAGAACGGCAAGAUCAAUAAGAUCAUGGGUCAGAGCAACGUUCAAAUCAUAUUCGAUGGCUUCAACGAGUACAACUUCUACAUUGACGUCUGUGGCAAUCAAUAUGAGUCCACGAAGAACGGUCUUGAUCUUGUUGAGCAGGAAAUGCCUGCUUCGAUCUCUUUCCAUGUGCCGGAUCAGUACCACAAGCGGAUCAUCGGAAUCGGCGGACAGCACAUUCAACGCAUCAUGAAGAAGUAUUCCGUCUUCGUCAAAUUCUCCAACGCUAUGGACCGCGGCGGUAUGGGCAAGGAAGAUGAUGACAUCAAGGUUGACAAUGUCAUCUGCCGGACGCCAGCUCGUAAUGCCCAGUCGCUCGAUCUGGUCAAGCAGGAAAUCAUGGACAUGGUUGAGAAAGUUGAUGCCGAAUACGUUUCUGAGCGUGUUGUCAUCAAUCGUUUGUAUCACCGUGAACUGCUUGCCCGCAUGACCGAGAUCGAUGAGCUUGAGAAAAAGUGGAAUUGCAAGAUCGAGUUCCCUAGCACAGAGCUCGCUAGCGAUGUCGUAACUAUUUCUGGGCCCGAGUAUCAGGUCCCUCAGGCUGUUGAUGCCUUGCUGGGAAUGGUGCCAGAGAGUCACGAACUUCUUUUCCAGAGCUCUCAGGAGUUGCGUGACUUCUUCAAAUCUCCCGAAUUCCGCGAAGAUGUCUGCUGCAAAUUGAAAGAGCAAUACGAAGUCGAUACUUCGGUGGACGCAAACCCCGAAUCGCCAAUCUCGGAGACCGGUUCGGCUUCCUCGACCUUCGCUCCCGAGGACCGUGUUGUGCUCGGGUACACGCGCAAUAACGCCGGUGGCCUCAAGGAUGCCAUCGAUUUCUUGAUCUCCCGGCUUGUCGCCCAUGGCCUUGAUGCGACCACGGUCAAGGGUGCGAUCCCGCGCCCCAAGUCCGACUCGUUUGAAGAGUCCCUCCCGUUCUUCGACUCGAAGCUAUUGCAGCAUGCUCCCACGCCCAUUGUUACCGACUCCCCCACCCGGCCCAAUUUUCCCGAUGAGACGAGCGAACGAGGAUCGAUUUUCGAGAGGCUUCGGAAGCCCGGCAGCAUCUCCUCGUUUUCUUCUUUCAUUGGUCGUAAGAAUCAUUCGGCCUCUCCCGGUUCGUUCUUCAAACACGCAUCUAGCAACGCGUCAAAGGCCUCUCUUGUUUCUAUGGAGUCCCGAGACAGUGGCUACCGCAACCCAUGGAAUGACUCGGGUGUGAAUCUGCCGGAGGACGACUUACCUGUCCUUGGCAGUUCCCACAGCCACAGCAACAGCACAAACGGUUGGCCAGCACGUUUUGAUACCAAAUUUCCGUUCGGUACCGCGCCGGGCGACAUGACUCCCAAGCAUGAUCCCCGCGCAUCUUUUGAUAGUGGUCGUCCUAGUACUUCCAAUUCUACUUCUGGAUACCCGGCUCCUAUUGGGCCACCGCGUUAA